CAAAAACAAAGGCGAAAGGCAAACCACAAGUCCUCUCGUGUCUAGAUGACCGGUCAUCUGAAACGCGGCCUCUCUCUCAUCCAAAAAUAUUACCCCGAGUAUUAAAUAUGGAGAGUGACAGUAAAAGGAGUGGGGAAGGGCCUGCGGAGAAACUUCCUCUUGAGGUUAUUGAAGAUAUAUUGUCUCGAGUAAGAAUUGCACCGGAUGUGAUUAGAGCUUCUGCAACAUGUAAGAUGUGGCGAGAGGCUUAUUGCAAACACCUUCAUACACUUUCCUUUGGUGUUUCUAGUUUUAAGUUUCCCAAGGGCCAAGAUUCUGUUCCUGACAUAGAAAUGUUGGUCACAAAGGCUAUUCUUCAAACAAGGGGUUUGCGAAAAUUAUCCAUUCAGAUGGGCAACUUCUACCAUUUUUCGGCUAGUUAAGUUUGUUCUUGGUUAAUGUGUGUUAGAGAAACUUUGUCGGAGCUGUGUUGUGAGGUUAGAACUUCUACCAGUGUUAAUGUUCUUGACAUUUUUGAAGGGCGAAAAUUGGAAAUCUUGAGUUUGUCGGAUUGCAAAAUGGGAAGGGUUAAACAGAAUAUCCAAAGAUUUCAAUGUUUGACAUCACUAUCUCUACGUAAUGUCAGUAUUCCAGUUGAAUAUCUUAAUCGAUUUCUUAAUGCUCUUCCAAAACUUGAGUCUUUGAAACUUGAGGCACCCUUCCUAGAACCUUCAUGGGUUUCUUUAUAUGAUGAGUUUUAUUCACCAGAAAAAGUAGUCAAAGUGCAUUGUCCUACACUGAAGACCCUUUUUCUUGAGAAUAUGGAACUACUUCAGUUUAUAUUGGAGAGUAGCAGUAUUGAGUCAUUGCAAGUGGAGUGCUGCUAUUUCAAAUUGUUUAAAGUCUAUGGUAGUAAAACUUUGAGGGACCUCAAAAUCUCCCACUGCAGGGCUCGGCUUCUAGAAAUAGACGGGACCGAGAAUCUAGAGAGUUUUGAAUUCGUCAAGAGUGCUACCAAUUCAAACUUGUUUCGAAUGGUGAUGCAAUCAGCAAAGAUGAAAAAGUUCCACCUUUGGGGUUUGGAGAAAUACAAGAUAGAUCAUGAUGGCGAGUCAGAACAACGAGUGUUGGAUUUAGAACAGAUGGCCAUUUGUUCACCACAACUUACCCAUCUUGCAAUAUUGUGUGAUGAAGGAGUUGAUGGUCUUGUAUACAGAUUCGGGGGUUCAGCUUCCUUGGAGAAGGUCAUGGUUUUGGAGAUUGGGUGGCAUGGUUUUGAUGGCUUUGGUGCAUGGGCAGAGAAACUACUGAAAUGUUGUCCAAAUGUGAAGAAGGUGACUGUUCAUUGGGCUAUAGAAGUGAAAAAUCCAAACAAAUUGAAAAGUCUUUCUGUGCAGUCCUCAUUGAUGAUUGAAAUGAUGAGAAAGUAUCAGCACAUUGAGAUGCAUUUUGCCUUCUUAUAUGAUCAUGAAUUAUUUUUAAAGUAAUGAUAAUAAGAUUUUGAUUUUGAUUAAUAGCCCCUAUUUAUUUAGUAGGGAUAAGGCCUGCAUCUACUCACACUUCUCUUUACUUUACUCUGAUAGGUUUUGUUGGAUUUUAGUGAGUUUCUUGGUGUUGUUCUUGAAGCAGUUUAUAACAUGUCUACUAGUGGUUAUUACAAGUAAUUAAUUUAAGAAUAUUUAUUUUUUUUAGUACUCCUGUUUUUUCAAAAACACUUUCUCUAUCUCUAAAACACUCACUCUCUAUUAAAAAAUUACUUUUAUCCCU